AUGCACUUAAAGCAACACAUGGACAACAAUCUGGAGCUUCACGGACCCGGGAGCAGAGACCCCGUCCUGUUACGCCCUCUGAACAAUGGAAGGAUGGUAGCUUGGAAAUCUAUGGUUUCCAUAAAGAUAGAAUAUUACCGAUCAUUUAAAUACUCUAUGAAGUGGAAGAACCUAAUGAAUUCAAAACUCAACUCUAAAAAGCGUAAGACCUCAAAAUCUCCAAAUAACCCAAGUUCCAGUGAAGACUUCAUCAAAGGCAGAGAAAGGGGCAAGAGGCAGCAAAAAAGGAGCAAGACUGUUCAAUGUUGCAACACGCAUGAGGUGAACAAGCGGAGCAUUGAUGACCUCUUGGACCUAAUUGACAGACGUCAGGAUGACCUGUCGGUGGAGGUGGCAGAUGAAGGAGUUGACUGCUCUGAUGAUGACCAGGUGUCAGUCAGCAGCAUCAUGUCUGGGCCGUCCGGCGAUUAUGACUCCACACUCAACAAGUUACUGACCCUAUGUUCCGUGUGUCGUAAACUUCAGCAGAAGGCAAAGCGGAUGAAGGCUCCUCUCAAGAACAAGCUUUUAUGCACCGACCCCAAAUCUUUUUCAUGUGACCAAUGGAUUCUUCUUAAACCAUGGAGAAGGAAGCAGAAGCAGACGAGCCUGUUAGAUCUCACACAGUUAAUCCACAGACUACGAUUGAUAAAAAACAAACAAAAAAAAGGACAAAAUGAACUCAUGGUUGAAGUUGUAUGCAUGAGACCACAUCCUUUUUUACAAAGAAAUCUUCGCCAUUGCAUAAAAAAUCCAAUAAUAAAGAAUGGAGAAAAGAACCGGAGGAAGAGGGCUAGAGAAGACUCUCUGGUCCCUCGUGUUGCUAAGCAGAAGAGAACCCACACAAACCGCAGGCCUGUGGGAUGCGGCGAUGCUAACACUGAUCCAAUGACAAAUGACGUCACUCACAACCGAUCGAUGAUAAAUGAUUCGCUGAGCAGCUGCUGCAGCCCUGUCUCUUUAGAAAGUGGGUUGCAAGAUUCUGAUCUGACCCCUGCACUCUCGGUUGCAUCGCGGAGCUUUAAGGAAAUGCCAAAACAAACUGUGCCUAAAAGAGACGGCGGAUUUAAAGACUUACUGGCCCAGCUGCGAGGCAACAACAGCAUGAUCAUCAGAGAGACCCGGGACUGA